AUUCAAAAUUCAGUUCCCUAGCUAUUCUUUGCAAUUGUUUUCUCAUAUACGCAGCAACCUGCGAGCUAAGGGGGUGAAAGAAAGGAGAAAGAGAAAUAAGCAACCAAUUAAGAAAGGAGAUGUCCUUCCUUAGCGGAACCACGAAGUUCUAUGAUAAAUGGAACGUCCGGGGUUUCGUUCUGUUUAGUCUGUUACUACAGACCAUUCUAAUUCUGUUUGCACCAUUCAGAAAGCGAACAGGACGUGGGUUUGUAAUCUUGUUGAUUUGGUUAGCUUACUUGGUGGCCGAUUGGGCUGCUAACUUUUCAGUGGGACUUAUUUCCAACAGUCAAAAAGAUAUUCGUCAAAAUCGUGAGCAACCUAAUUAUGAUCAGCAUGCUGCUGAGCUUGCUGCUGAUCAUGCUGACAUUCUGGCAUUUUGGGCUCCAUUUCUUUUGUUACACCUUGGUGGUCCAGAUACCAUAACUGCUUUUGCUCUGGAGGAUAAUGCCCUCUGGCUGAGGCACUUGGUUGGACUCAUAAGCCAGGUUUCUGCUGCUUUCCUUGUCUUCAAUCAAUCCUUUCCCAAAAACAAGUUAUGGAUACCUACUGUCCUUCUGUUUGUCGCUGGAAUCAUCAAGUAUGUUGAGCGAACGUAUGCUUUAUUUCUUGCAAAUCUGGAUAAAUUCCGGAAAUCGAAGCUUAAAGAAGCUGACUCAGGGCCAAACUAUGCAAAGAUCAUGGAGGAAUAUGCUUCGAAGAAAGAGGCCAAACUCCCAACUCAGAUAGAGUUGAUACCAGAACCUAAUAAAGAGUCCAAAAUUGCACGUUAUGCGGCAGUAGAUGAAGGCCCACUGGAUGAUGAUGUUAAGGCGGUGAAACAUGCUUAUCGCUUCUUCAAAAUCUUCAAUGGUCUCAUCGUGGAUCUCAUCUUUAGUUUCCGUGAGCGUGACGAGAGCCGAAUGUUUUUCGAAAAGAGAACCCCGGGAGAUGCCUUUAAAGUGCUAGCGAUUGAACUCAACUUCAUCUAUGAAGUUCUCUAUACCAAGGUUGUCGUGGUGCAUUCAUAUCGUGGAUACAGUGUCCGAUUUAUAUCCUGGUGUGCCGUUGUCAUAGCUCUUUCACUCUUCUAUACAAUAGAUAAGAAUGGCUUUCGAAAGGUUGAUGUUGGAAUUACCUAUACCUUGCUCUUUGGUGCCAUAGCCUUGGAUACAAUUGCUCUCCUUAUGUUGGCUUUCUCUGAUUGGACUGCUGCUUCCAUCCAGAACUCACCCAAGCGAAAUUUCUGCAUAGAAGCUAUUAAGAGAUGGUUCCUUUCUCUCCUCGGAUACUAUCUCAGGCUCAAGAGGAUAAACUGGGGGAAAAAUAGACCAAGUUGCUUUGGACGGGCUAGACAAAUCCUAUUUCGGAGGUGGUCUGAAUCUCUAAAUCAAUUCAACUUGAUACAUUAUUGUCUGAAGGAUGGUACAAAAAAGAAUCGUGGUCGCUUUGCUAGUUUUUUUCGUAAGUGUUUUUCUCUCUUAAACUUGAAGGAUUUCUAUGAUACGAUUGCAUAUGUGUCCAAGAAACCAUUUGAAGAAAACCUAUGGGAAUUCAUCUUUGUUCAGCUAAAAAAGAAAUCCGAGCUCGCAGAUGAACCUGAAACUGCGAAGAGAAUAUGUUCAGCCCGAGGAGAAUGGGUUCUACAAAAUAAUGAUUGGACUACGGAGGGUAGCAGCAAGUUGAUGCAUUAUAUUGUGGACGUUGAUUUUGAUCAGAGUCUUAUAUUAUGGCAUAUUGCUACAGAUCUCUGCUAUCAUACCCAAACAAUCGAUGAGAGUAGUGAUGAAGACACUAGUAAUCGUCGUGAAUUUUGUAAAAUCCUUUCGGAUUAUAUGUUGUAUCUUCUAAUUAUGCAGCCUACUAUGAUGUCUGCUGUAGCAGGUAUUGGCGAAAUAAGAUUCCGCGAUACAUGUGCCGAGGCCAUAGAAUUCUUUACCAGAAAGGAAUUAAAAGGAGAAAAAAUAAUACAAGUACAAGAACAGGCAUGUAAAAUGAUCCUUGACGUAAAUACUGAUGUGGAUCCUGUUGCUGUGAAGGGAGACAGAAGCAAAUCUGUGUUGUUCGAUGCUUGUAUUCUCGCAAAAGAGCUAAGAAAGUUGGAGUACAAAAAGAGAUGGGGUGUAAUGAGUGAAAUGUGGGUGGAAUUGUUGUCUUAUGCUGCCAGCCAUUGCAGGGCCAAUACUCAUGCUGCUCUACUAAGCAAAGGAGGAGAGCUUACCACAUUUGUUUGGUUAUUAAUGGCUCAUUUUGGCUUAGGGAGUCAGUUCCAAAUAAAUGAGGGCCAUGCGAGAGCAAAAUUGAUUGUGGGUAAGUAAACUGAAUCGACUGAACUGGUCAAUCCAAUUGCUUCAUAUCUAUGUAGAACUUUUUUUUUCUUUUUUCUUUUUUCUUUUAUUUGGAGGAUUGGCAUAAUAUUUUGCUUGUUGUAUCUUUAUUUCCUUCCUGUAGGAAUGGAGAUGUUUGUGAUGUAUGUGGAAACACUAGUAUAUAUAUCUUAGCUCGA